CAUGAUGCUUCCUUUACACAGCACGCGCCUUCUCUGGGACAUCUGGCACCAUGAUUCCACAGCUUAGGAAGUGGAUGGCUAUCUUUGUGAUGUGUAUUGUACUGAUACACCAGCUGGAAGGCGCUCCCAUGAAUAGUAAUGAUGGAUCCAAGACAGCGCUGAGGCUCCGAAGGAUGACUCCAUUUUGGAGAGGACUAUCACUGCGUCCAGUCGGUGCUUCAUGCCGGGAUGACACAGAAUGCCUUACAAGACUAUGCAGAAACCAGCGUUGUUCCUUAAAGACAUUUGCUGAUUAAAUAUCCUCUGCUGUAUUAAGAACAAUGGGAAAAAUGCCAUCAAUGAAUGCAGAUAAAAUGAGAUCAUUCUCUCUGCAAGAAAUUAUUUAUUGGUUACUGAAAUCAUCUGUGUACAAUUUGCACUCAAGUUUUAUGAAUAUUUAUUGAUAUGUAAUAUAUUAUUUUAUAAGCAA